GAAGCGUUUGUCCCGGUGGCCCUGCCGCCGACACGCGUGUGGCCCGUCAACGAGUGGCUUCACGACGGCGAACCGUAGGAGCACGGUCAUGCGGCGGUGCAAGUGCGGAGCGUCCUGAGCUGUUAGUAGGAGUUUGUGCUGACUCGGGCGUUACGCGGAGGCCCCUCGGAGCCAUCUCAGCUAGCGGCUCAGCUAGCGGCUAAGCUAGCAGACCGGACCGAGGUACGGGAGGCACCGCGGAGCGAUCCCGACGCAGCGAUGGCCGAUGCGUUCAGCAGCAGCUCGGAGUCGGCAAUCCAGCGCGGGGUGGACGUCGCGGUGGGGGGACACAGUCCUCCAGAAAAGCUCGAAGAGUUGUACCAGAUCCAGAGGACCUGCGACUUUAUCCGGCAGCACCAAUUUCGAAAGGUAGCUCUGCAGUUUCCUGACGAGCUGCUGGUGGAUUCCGUUGCAGUAUCAGUGGAGAUCGAGACACAGAGUAGCGCCAGGCCCUUCAUCUUAGGAGACACAUCCUAUGGCAGCUGCUGUGUGGACGAGGUAGCGGCAGAACACGUGGGAGCAGACUGCAUCGUGCACUAUGGCAGAGCUUGCCUCAGCCCCUCUAAGAGACUGCCCUUGAUGUACGUGUUUGAGAGAAGACCGGUGGACGUGGAGAGGUGUGCCUCCGCCUUCAGAGAGCUCUACCCUGACACACAGAGCCACAUCAUCAUCCUCUACGACGUUAACUAUGAUCACGCUUUAAACGAUCUUCUGACGCUUCUGUCUCCGGAGUAUCCGAACCUCGUUGCCUCUGAGCUUGUCGUCGAAGGGGAGCGGUGUCACAGUCACGGCCGGAUGAAAAGACAACAGAGUGACACCUGCCUGUCAGGACGAGACAGCAACCGGGUUAUUUGUCAGUUUGGGAGGGAGUUCUCCUUGAAAAGUGGCUCAAGCCUAACGGAUUACAGUAUGUUCUACAUCGGCCAGGAGGGCGCAGCCCUGCGAAACUUCAUGAUGACUUGGAACCGCUGCUCAUUUUGCUCUUUCGACCCCAUAACAAUGAUCGGGAGGACCGAGUCAGUGAGCAUUAACCGCGCACUGAUGAAGCGAUAUUACGCUAUAGAAAGGGCCAAAGAUGCCAGCGUGGUUGGCAUCCUGGUCGGCACGCUGGGGGUGGCCGACUACCUCACCGUCAUCCAGCAGCUGAAGGAGACCAUCCGCAGAGCUGGCAAGAAGAGCUACAUGUUCGCCAUGGGGAAACUGAACGUGCCCAAACUUGCAAACUUUCUUGAAAUUGACAUUUUUGUGUUAAUUGCAUGUCCUGAGAACUCGCUGUUGGACUCAAGUGAGUUCUACAAACCUGUGGUGACGCCAUUUGAGAUGGAGGUGGCCUGCAACAAGAACAGGGAGUGGUCACACGAGUAUGUCACAGACUUUCGACAUCUCCUCCCAGGUGGACAGAGUCAUGUGCCUUUGGCUGAUGAGGAGGAGGAGGGCGACGAGACUGACGUGUCUUUAAUCACUGGAGCUCUGCGAAGCCACAAUCUGUUGAGCAGUGAGCCUGCACUGUCCCCGUAUGGCUCUUCUGUGGUGCUCAGGAACCAGAUGCUGACCGUGGCCAACACAAACCCAGCUGCAUCUUUUCUGGCAGAACGAAGCUGGCGUGGCUUAGAGCGGAAGUUGGGCGAGACACCUGUGGUGAAGGCAGUAGAGGGCAGGAGAGGCAUAGCUAUUGCCUAUGAAGAGGAAGGAACGUCUUCGUGAUCAUUUACCAGUGAUCCACAUGGUCUUAGCAGAUUAUUUAAUCAUGGCUUCCUGCAGCUACAAAUGUACAGUUACUUGUAAUUACAGGAAGCUGUAAGUAAUUAAAUGUUUUCAUAAACCAA